AUGUACCCUGGGACGAGGCCAUUCACCUACUCUGUUUGUGGGAAGGGAUUCACUCGGUCAUUUGGCCGACUGACUCACCAGCGAAUACACACUGACUGUGGGAAAAGAUUCACUCGGUCGUCUGCCCUACUGACACACCAUCGAAUCCACACUAGGGAGAGAACUUUUGCCUGCUCAUACUGUGGGAAGGGAUUCACUCAGCCGUCCCAAGUGAAGUUACAGCAGCAAAUUCACACUGGAGAGAAGCCGUUCACCUGCUAUGAUUACAGUGGGAAGGGUUUUAAACAGUCAUCACAAUUGAAGGUACACAAGCGCAUUCACACUGAGAAGAGGCCGUUCACCUGCUCAGAUUGUGGGAAUGGAUUCACCCAGUCAACUGCUCUCCUGGCACACCAGUCUGUUCACACUGGGAAGAAAGCAUUCGCCUGCUCAAAGUGCGGGAAGGGAUUCACUCGGUCAUCAAACCUACAGAUGCACAAGCAAGUUCACAUGGGUGAGUAA